GUGGUUUCGUGCCUUCGGGACUGGUUUUUUCGGUGACGGAGGGAACUCUCCUCGGUGUACUGCAGACUUUGGCGGUAGCAAGGUCUCAGCCCACGUCUGAGUCAUGGCGUCAAAAUCUGAGCGACGGAAGAGUAACCCAAAAAAGAAAGCACGUGGCAAAAAGAGAAAAAUACUGCCUGAUAAUGAAGAAGAGGUAGCUCCAUCUAUGGAGAGCAUGGGUCAUCCUGAAAUUUUCCCUUUAGUUUUAACCACCAAGACGCAGGAGAUAUUCAGCUGCCGAAUAGAUGAGGACAUCACAGAUGAACAACCUUAUAAGCUCAUCAAAAAAGAAGCUAUCCUCGAAGAUUUGCAAAACAGAGCUGCUGUGUCUGACUUCCACCCAGUCAAAAAACUUGUCCGAGAAUAUCCUGGCGAUGAGCUUCUGCUUGUUUGUGACAAAGACUUCAAAUAUGGACUUAACUUUUAUCUCAUCGGAACUGAAGAAGGCAAGGAGAACUAUUUAAAUCCCCCUGAAGUACCAGAAGAACUUGAAGAACACAAAGAGUAUGUUCCUGAAGACAUCGUUUAUUACAAGCCACCCGUCUCUAAACCAUGGGUUUCUCUGGGCAGUGAAAAGGAAAUUGUGGAAGAAUCGGUUGAAGAAUCUACAAAGCAGAUUACAUAUAUGAUAACUCGGAAGCGAAAUGAAUUUGGAAGACCCAUUAAGUUCAGUGACUUUAAUGCUUCUGUCGUCAAAGAUGCCUAUAUUGAAUGUACAGCCUACCCAGAUAAAAACUUUACCAUUCAACAACGUGAGAAAGAUAUUGGCUUGCAAGUUGUCCCCAAAAUCAAUGACAUAACUACUCAGACAAGAUGGACAUAUCCCAAAAAUGCUAGUACACAAUAUCAACCGAGAGAAUUCUCAGAAGAGGUAAAAGAGGAACUUGGACAAUCAAAAUCUUUGGCCGAAUUUCUUAACAACACAUCUGUAAGUGUUGAACUGGCCCUGCAGCAGAAUGAAAUCAUGAACACAUUUGUUGAUGACUGGAGGUACCUGGCUGAGGAAGAAGGCACCUAUGGGGACAAGAGUGAUACCUACCUGAAAGAGUACCAGUCCUUCACCGACCUCCACAAUCUCAUGGAGAAGACAAUCACCUGCGUCUCCUGGCACCCAACGAUCCAGGGACUCAUAGCCGUGUCAGUAGCCGUGCGGCUCACCUUUGAAGACAGAAUCCACUUCUCGGGCAAACUGUUGCUGCAGCCCUCCCUGAUUCUUUUCUGGAGUUUCUCGGACCCCAUACACCCACAGUUGAUGCUGGAGAGCCCGGAUGACAUCUACUGCUUCCAGUUCUGUCCCAGCGACCCGAACAUCAUUGCCGGAGGCUGCAUAAAUGGGCAGAUUGUCAUGUGGGAUAUAACAGCCCAUGCAGAUCGCAUAGAAAACACUAAGGCGGGUGGUACGAGAAGUAAAAAAGCCAUGCUCAAGCCCAUGUUUCUGCUUGAGCCAGGCAGUAAUAAGGAAGCAAUGUAUAUCAGACACUGUGCAGUCUCUUCCAUAGAAAACGGACAUAAGAAAGUUAUUACAGAUAUACACUGGCUGUCGAACACAUUUGAAAUCAAUAGGAUGGGCUCUGUCUUUGAGAAUCGAAGUGAAAUAUGCUGUCAGCUUAUAACAUGUUCAGCAGAUUGCACAAUAUGUAUUUGGGAUGUCAGGUCACAGAAAACAGUGACUCCUCAGCCCGCAGAGAAAAAGAAAGAAGAAAAUGUUGAAAUUCCUUAUGACAUACCGUCUACUUUCCUGCACCUUGAUCUCGCCUGGAAACCUCUUGCCAAGAUAAAGCUGUCUAAGGGUGAGACAACUUUGGACCACUGUCCGACCAAGAUCAGCCUGAAUGAAGUCCAUCUCCUGUACAAGACACCAGAGAAAGCGCUAGUCCAGAGUGCAGUCCCGAAUGCCACGGAGGUGAAACUGUACAGCAACCUGGAAACGGGCCUGGGCAAUCCUCUGAAGCCUAUCGAGGACUUCUCCACAAAGUUCUUUGUGGGAACAGAGGAAGGUGAAGUAAUCUACACAGACUGGAAAAUGGAAAGAGACCCCGAAACUGGACGACUGACAACAAAGAAGCCAGUGAACCUCUACGCGGUCCAUGAUGGCGCUGUCCACACGAUUCAGAGGUCGCCAUUUUACAAGGACAUUGUCCUGACCGUUGGAGGCUGGAAUGUCGCUCUCUGGAAAGAAGGUGUCCUGAUUGGACCCCUACUUCAAACAUGCUGUACACCAAAAAGGUAUACCUCGGGGCACUGGUCCCUGACGCGGCCUGGAGUUUUCUAUAUUGGCCGAGAAGAUGGGUACAUUGAUAUCUGGGACCUUCUGGAGAAAACCCAUGAACCAGCUCAGUCACAAAACAUCUGCAUAACGAUGAUCACCUACAUCAAGCCUUGGGCCUUUUCGGCUAAGCAGCAGUUUGUAGCUAUAGCUGAUUAUUAUGGGACACUGCAUAUACUAGAAGUUCCUUGGUCAUUAAGUCACCCUUCCACCAAUGAGGUAACGAGUGUCAGCCACUACUUUGAACGGGAAGUCAAGCACCUGGAAUACAGGGAGCAGCGCAAGAAAAUCCGCGAGCAGGAAAAGAUGGAAUUGGACCUGGACAUGGAGGAGAAGAAGAAAACGAAAACAUACCAGAAAUCAAAAGAACAAAUAGAGGCCGAAUUGAAGCUGGACUUCGAAAGCUAUUUGGAACUGGAAAAGGCCACCCUCAUCAACCUGGGGCUAUUGAGAGCCUCAGAGCAGAUGUCCUACAUUAAUAUGUAGGAAAUCAUUCUGCAGGGGGAUUGGGGGAGCCUUCUUCCUCCUCCCCCUCUUCCUCCUCCUCCC